CACUCUUUGUGUUUUAUCCACUCCGUUAGAAAACACACGUAUUCAGCAAAAUUUAUUAUCAAACAUAAUAACACAAAAGGGUAGUACUUUUGUAUUCACUUUCCGAACAAAAUUUGUUUCCAUUACCUCCCAUAGAAUUGGGUGGAAGUGACGUUUCAGAAUCCGGAUGUGAGAUUAGGUCGGUAAAUUGCAGACUGUACAAGAAUAAAAUCACCGAAAGUCAGUAGCAAAAGGUGAUUUUUGUAUAUUGUUCGUUUGGAUCUCACCUUUUUUGGAUUAAUUGAUUCAUCUCCUAUUCUGAAUCUGUUGUCUGUGGUCGAUUACAAACAUUUUCAAGAUGUAUGAGUGCUAGGAGAAUUAAGAAGCGUGGUGUUGCAGCCUCGUGUUUCCCAAGAGAACAUUUAUUUUUUUUCCCUUCUGCUAAUUCUUGCAUAUCAUACAAUGGAAACCAGCACCACUAUUAUUCCAAUCUGGCAGAGUAGACCAUAUGGUGCUUCACGUAGUUUUGUUCGAAUGAUAGGAUCCACAUUACCAUUGAAGCCUUGUCCCAGAGCUUGCUUUCAGGUUCUUGAAAGUUUAACAUCUAUGCGCUCGGGCAGUGCUCCCAUAGUCCCAACUCUUGCCGAUGUUGCUUGGAUUGCAUCAGAUGAAGAAGAAACGUAUGCUAGGGUUCGAACAGAUCACAGGCCUCUGAAGCAUCACUGGACACCGACCCCGUUGCUGGUAAUGCACAGAAAUUCCUCUGUUCCCAAUCUCCGGUUAGAUGAGAGAAAAAAGGAAAAUGUGAAGACUGCUGGUUUGACGGCCUUGAAUCGAACUUCAGCACUUCAGGAUGAGCUCAGUCGCUUGAGAGCACAGAUUGCCCGGAUUGUGGCUGCUGAUGCUGCCUCUGACUCUGUGACACCAGAGCUCUUGUCGCCUGAUGAUUGCUCCUUGGCUUCUUUUGAGGCAGCGUCAUUUCAGCCUGCCUCAUUUGUAAUCAGUGACAUAACAGAGGAAUCUGAUGAAGAGUCCCAAGGAGUCCCGUUGUCCUUCUCUGGAAUGUGCUCAUCAACGUUUGACUUCAAACCAGGACUUAAUGACAAAGUUAUUGCAGAGGAGGAAGAUGAUGAUACAUUACCUCUCUCAAAGUCGAGCAGCUUUGCGGACAUGAUGGACAUGCUGAAGGACAUCAACAAGAUGAAAUUAAAUAAGGACUGGUCUGGCAGGGGCUGCAGAUCACUUCAGGAUGAAGAUUCGGCUGUCCUUAUAUCGAAAGCUCUGAGGAAGAAGUUUGUUCUUACGGAUGAAGAGACAGUAUUGAAGACUAAAUGAUUGUUACAUUUUUUUUGAGAGAUCCUCGCUGUGUGUGAACUCUCAAUGACUCUCAGUAUAGACAUUUUUUGACAGUCUACUUCAGUCUUUGGAUGCCAGCUGCUGUUACAUACACUGUUAAGGAUCAGCAUUUCAAUUACAGUUGCCAGUGCUUGCCUAAUGACUGCUGUACACAUGGCUACAGUGUGUGGUCCCACUGAACUGAAGAUGUGAAGUGUGAUCCUCUUCACUACAAGUCUGUGCCUUACACAAUAGUGUUCACACUGUACUAGCUAGCUAUGUAUCACUUUUUAUCUUUCCUUGUAUAACUGUGCAUUAAUGGUCGAAACAGUUGUCAUGGGAUUCGAUUUUGCAAGACUGGUCCCAAUGACAAGUGCAUUCUUUUUUUUAAGUUCUAAGUUUUGAAUGAAAAUGUCCACGUGUGUUUUUUUUUUUUUUUUUCAGUUUCAUGCAGUACUGAACUAAGGAGUUCUUACGUUUGGUAUUUUUGAGCUUUUUGUCCAUUGUUUGCAGAUGAAAGAACAUGUUACUUAUUUUAACUAUAAACUGUAGUCUGAAAUGAUUAUACUCCUGCAGGCAUGAUCCAUAUGUGUAGGAAGAAACUGUAUAAUUAUUCAUAUUCUGAAAACAUUGGAAAUGCUUUUCAGACUUUGUUUUGCAUACAAUUCAGGAAUCCUAAUAGUAGUAUUUAUCAACAAAUUGAACCCACUGCAUUUUUUAGAAAUGUUGUGAUGGAGCAUUAGAUUACUAUCUGGCAAAAUGUUAUAAUAGCAACUUCUUGUUCUUGUCAAGAUCCCAUGAAGUGGCUGCUGCUGUAGUCUGCCUUUGAGUUCAUUGUUUCAGGGUAUCCUGCUGUCAGUACUAAAGACUUAACUUCGAAUGAUGAUUUGUGGACAUACAGAUUGUUGGUGAACAUUAUUGUGUUUUCUUUCCCUUUUGAUCUGUGAUUUGUGUGGCAAGUUGUAGCAUGAAGAAAAUUACAGUUGGCUUUUCAGGCUGUUCUUAGAUUGCACAGUGCCUAGUUGUAUAUCAAGACACACAGCCUAAAUAAUGUCUGAUGGAGGGUCUCCCCCUGUGUCCCCUUUUUUUCUGGCAGUACCCGUUAGGAUUGCUGCAUCUUAGGGCAAAGAGAUGCAGUUGAGUUGAACUUUUGUAUUUUAAGCAGUGGGGGGGGGGGUUUGAUGUUUUUAUGCUGUAAUAGCACCUAUGCAUUUAUUGUGGUAGUUAUGAGUAUUAUGGAGUAGUAGCUAUGAUCUGUAAUGCCAUGUAAGGUUUCCGUUUUUAAUUGGAAAAGGCAGGUCUGUAUUUACAGAGGGGAGGGUCCAUUUAGUUCCCAUGUCUCCGACAUAUGAUGUGCAGGUGGCUUAAAUGUUCAGUAUUUUGCCCAUUGUGUACUUUCUGUAAUGUGAUCGGAGCCAUCGCUUAACCAUGGGAUCACUUUUUAUCUGGACUUUUGCAGUCAUCUCAUAUUGAGGGUAGUAGCCCAGAGACGCAUUAUAUACAGAUGUUGAAACGUGGAGUGUAUGUCUAUAAUGUGUACUGUUGACAUUGUUCAAUUACUAGUUUUCCUUCCUGAUUAAAAUCAAUUACCUGAUUUGUUUUUAUUUUGUGAAAAAAUAAAAUAUUCCAGUUUUUA